UUACGUGAAGCAAGUGGCGCGGCGAAGGUUUUGAGUCUGGACAUGCAGGCCAAGUCGUUUGUGUUUAUCUACAUCUUUUGGCUGCGUAACUACACAAUCUCCAUCUCACUUCACCACUCCGAACAUAAAGUAUCAUGUCCAGCAUCGACGAGAACGAAUUGGAGAACGCCUUUGAACAAGUUCCCGACGGCGUCGAGGUGCGAAUCCACGACGUCUCCUUAAGAGAAGUAAAAGCCCUCGAAGAAGCGGAACGAGAUCGCAGACUCCGUCUCGAAGCCGCAUCUCGGUUCGCGCCGUCCUCUGAAGCAGCACAUGCGCACGAUGAGGCCAAAGCUCUCCUGAAAGGACUGGAGGAGACUUCUGCUUUCCACACUGAUCAGGAAGACAAGGAGGCUGGUGAGGGCUGGGAUAUAGAGGAAGAACCCCCGCGCCGGAUUAGCAACGUGCUCCGUCGACUGAGUCUGACGAAUGUGGAGGAGGAUGAGAGGGAUAGGAGGACGUCGGUGGCGGUUGAUGUGGCUUAUGGGACUAUUUUGAAUGCUCAUAACCAAGCCCAGGCCUUCCUGGACGGCAUCCAAUGCCUAGACGACGACCGCACCCCCGCGAUCCGCACGCUCAAUCGCAACCGCAUCGACGCGCAAGAAUGGGAAGAGAGGCAAAGCCGCCUGGAGGACAAGGCGAAAAUCGCACACGACAUCUCGCAUGGGCUCAAAGAGUCGCAGUUGCUGAUUGACGGGCAUCUUCAGAACGGUGGACGGACUGCCCUUGGCAAACAUGUUCCGGUACCGAGCCUGCCUCGCAGUGCUCUGGCUGGAACCCAGCUGAAUGUUGGGAAGAAUACGGCGGCGGCUGCCGAGGAUUGAGAUUAGUUAGUCGAAGCCUUGCGAUGUAAUUCCUU